AUGGUCUGGGAUGCCACUGACGUGUACGAUAAUGAGCAGUUAGUGGCCAAGUUGGCGGCAAACCAAAGGGCGCAGAACUUCAAUGACAACGAAAUAGUCUCUAAAAUUCCAACCUUGAGGUCCGGAGUCGGCUCGGGUGGUAUCUCGUUAACAUCUGAACCUGAACCAUACGAUACCGUUUCGAUAUCGUUGAAUGCUGGCGGCAGACAAUCGUUCCUCGACGCGCCGAUUGGCUCCUUUCGUGGGCCCAACUCCUUGCACAAUUUCGCCAGUUCGUUCACCAGGGCCCAAUCGUACGCUGCUUCGAAAUUAGACAGCGAAAUCCACCGGCAACGUUCAUUCUUCCAUCGGGAGGACGAAAAUGGUGCGGAGCCCGAUGAGUUGUUCGACCCUGAGUUGAUGAUCCCGUCUCAGCGGGGAGAACGUUUGAGUACAGUGGUUCACGACGUGAAUGUCGCUCGCAACAACCUCUUCAGUUAUGACUCGUUUGCCCCCAUCACCGACGUUUUCUACCAGGACGAUAUUCUCAGUGCCUUGAACAACUCGCGGUCUCGAGCAGGUUCGCUGGUGGUGGCUCAGGGCAUUCCUAUUCCCCAGAGAAGAAUGUACCCGUCCCCAUCAUUUUCGAGUAUUCGGUCCAGUCUCUCGAUGGCUACCACAGCAUCGCACGUCAACUUGAAGAAGAUCGAGGACAAGGACGGCAAUGUGGUGACAGUAUUGGCGGGCCAAUCGACGGCACCCCAGACGAUUUUCAAUUCUAUCAAUGUGCUCAUAGGCGUGGGAUUAUUGGCAUUACCAGUGGGCUUUUUAAAGGCCGGUUGGGUGAUUGGAGUUCCAAUGUUGUUGGUAUGUGGGUUGGCCACAUUCUGGACCGCCUCGUUGCUCUCGAAGUCGAUGGACACCGACCCCACGUUGAUGACAUACGCGGACUUGGGGUACGCUUCGUAUGGCUCGGCCGCCAAAUUGUUGAUCUCGCUUGUUUUCUCCGUCGACUUGGUAGGUGCCGGUGUGUCAUUGAUCGUGUUGUUCAGCGACUCACUCUACGCGUUGCUCGGCGAUGACGAAGUGUGGACAAAGACCAACUUCAAAAUCUUGAGUUUCUUCGUGUUAACUCCGUUUACGUUCAUGCCGCUUCCAGUGUUGUCGAUAUUCUCGCUCUUGGGGAUCAUUUCCACCAUUUCCAUCACGGGGUUGGUGUUUGUAUGCGGCUUGCUCAAGGCUUCAUCACCUGGGUCGUUGCUUACGGUGAUGCCAACUAACUUGUGGCCUGACUCCUGGUCAGAUCUCCUCUUGGCCAUUGGAAUCUUGAUGGCUCCAUUCGGUGGCCAUGCCAUUUUCCCCAACCUUAAGAGUGACAUGCGCCAUCCUUACAAGUUUACUGGCACUUUGAAGGUAACGUACUUGAUCACCUUGAUCACCGAUUUCACCAUGGGGGUGUUGGGCUUCUUGAUGUUUGGGUUCUACUGUAAGGACGAGGUCACCAACAACUUACUCUUCACCCCCGGCUAUCCCAGCUUCAUCUACCCAUUAAUCUCUGGACUCAUUUGUAUGGUGCCCAUUGCAAAGACUCCAUUGAACGCGAAGCCCAUUAUCGCAACCUUAGAUUCUAUGUUCCAUACCAACACCAUCUCAGAAAAUCAGUUAGGCAACGCGGUGCGGACCGUGGGACGGUUCUUGAUCCGGGUCGGUGUCAAUGCGGUGUUUGUGGGGUUGGCCAUCGUGUUUCCUGAAUUUGAUAAAAUCAUAGGUAUUCUUGGUGCUUCCAUCUGCUUUUUAGUGUGCAUUAUAUUGCCAUGCUUGUUCUACUUAAAAUUGGUCCGUAUCGGCGGACUUGAAAAGCUGAUGGUGUUGUUGGUCAUUGCUGUGUCCCUGGGCCUUGCCAUCACCGGCACCUGGGCCGUCAUCGCCUUUUAG